CAGACCAGCCCAAGAUGCCUUUGUGGUCAUAGGAGUCGAUGUGAGCGCUUCAGACUCUAGAGGUCUCCAUCCAGCAUGCAGCAACAUCCACCUAUUGGGAUUCUGCCGCUCACAUUCUAGUGCAGCAGAAAGCGGUAUAGGAAGGAAAGGAGGAGACCACUCAGAGCCACGGAGACAGAGGGAACCUGAGGCUCUCGCGUCCCAAACGACACAGAAAGAAAGGGAACUUUGAUUUGACGCGCGGCCGAUUAUGCUUCGUUGCAUGGGAAUCCAGUCGUGUCGGGUGCGGUGAUGUCUGCAAGGUUUCGCUCUUUGUUUCUGGUACUGCUGAGCCUGCUGACGGCCGGCGCCCAGACAGAAAUGAAGAGAGUCGUCGGAGACAACACCACCCUGCCGUGCCACCAUCAGUUCUGGCAGUCCAACGCGCAGUCGCUCGACAUCGAGUGGCUACUGCAGAAACCCAACUCCAAGCAGAGAGUGAUCAUCACGUUUUUCGGGGGCCAGGUGUACACCAACGAGGUGACCAGCGAGGCCAGUCGUCUGUCCUUCGCCGGAGACUACCUGAAAGGAGACGCCUCCCUGCUCCUCAGUGACCUACAGCUGACCGACUCUGGAGAGUACUACUGCAAGGUCAAGACGGGGGGAAAGUACCACUGGAGCCAGGUCAACCUCAUAGUGCUGGUGAAGCCCUCUAAGCCGCGAUGCUGGAUGGACGGCAGGCUGUUGGAGGGCAGUGACGUUAAACUGAGCUGCAAAUCCAGUGACGGCUCAGACCCUAUCAAAUACAAUUGGGAGAGGGUGCUGGAUAAGGGAAAGAGUGUUGGGAAACUCCCCCUACUGGCACUGAGAGAUCAGAAGAAUCCAGAGAUCGUCACCCUGCGGAACCUGACGAAGGACAGUACAGGUGUCUACAAGUGCACUGCCAGCAAUGACGUGGGCGAGGAGAACUGCAUCAUCGAGGUCACCAUGCAGUAUGUUCGAGGGAUGGGCGUGCUGGCAGGUGCCGUGGUGGGCGUUUCCUUUGGUGUUCUCCUCAUCAUCCUAAUCAUCUGGCUCGUCUUCCGCAAGAAGGAGAAGAAGAAGUAUGAGGAAGAGGAGGCUCCCAACGAGAUCAGGGAGGAUGCAGAGGCUCCCAAGGCCAAGCUGGUGAAGCCCAACUCCUUGUCCUCGUCCCGCUCUGGCAGCUCCCGCUCCGGGGCCUCCUCAACACAGUCCAUGGUGCACAACACCGCCCCCCGCGGGCACCGCCCUCGCCUCCCAGCCAUUGCUGCCCUGAAGGAGAACGGACAGCCCCCUGACUUCCCCCAGUCCCCCCCAGCCUACACCACGGUGGUAACCCCCAACAAGACCCCUGAGCCCCCCGGCACCCCCAAAUACAACAUCAACUCCAGGAACCAGAUGUCUGGGCCCACUCCCCCCACUCUCAUGGUCCCUGCCCAGACCAAGGCCUUUCAAACUGUGUAGGAAGGAGAAGAGAACCCAUCCUGGCUGUGUUGAAGUGUAAGACCCCCCCCCCCCUUCAAAGACACAAACUCUUCCGUUAAACAAUGAAAUGCUACUAGUAAAAGGAUGUAAUUAAAAUAAUCAAUGAUAUAAAUCCAAAAAAACUUUUAAUGAAUGCAUACUUAAAAAGGGAAAAUAAGAAAUGCUUGCCCCCUACUGAAUAAAAAACAACAAAACAAAACAAAAAAACAGAGACAGAACAUUUCUGUUUAUGUCUCUCGGCUAAACUUCUUUUUACACUUUUCUUUCAACUUUGAAGGCAAGGGAAGCAGUGAGCGAGCACAGCGCUGUGUGUGGUGAGGUGGAAGGAAACCCCGAGUGGAGCUUUAAUUUAUUUAUCAAAUCAAAAGGACGGGAGGAGUGCAGAGAAAAAGAAAGAAAGAAGGGAUGGGAUGAGAAAAGAGAGAUCCAAAGUCAGAGCCAGAUGCCGAUGGAGACACGCAGCUGACGACGUGACGGAGGGAUGAGGGCAUGAAAUACUGAGAGAGAACUACGCCUCUAACUCAUCCAACCGCACCAAUCCCAGCAGGCAGACACACCGGAGCUUCCUGCUACAAACCACACACCCACAUACAUACCCCUGGCCCUCUGACAGAGAGCAGACUGUUUUCCCUGUGAGGAGAGAAACCGUUAGAUCACCCCUUCAGACCACAGGCGGCCGGUGGCACCUAAUUUUGAGGAGGACGGGCUCAUAGAAAUAGCUGGAAUGGAAUAAAUGGAAUGGUAUCGAACACAUCAAAUAUAUCAAUAU